AUGGCCCUGGUCAAGAACGGUGCAAGCUGGAACCCAGCAACGACUGAGCUGGGCUCAGCUGUCUCAGACUCCCCGCCCUCGCAAUGGCUGCAUUGCCUCCAGGUCACCCUCCUCUUUCUCAACCACCCCAUGUCCUUCGAGAGGAAUGCCUUCCGGGGCCUUUUCUUCCCGAACCUCAUUUGUCUUGGAGCCCUGGCUGCCAAGGGCUGUGAGAAAGCACCGAGCCCACAGAGCGGCUCGGCACCAGCCAAGAGAUGCAGCAGCGGGCGACGCGCGGCCCGGCCGCUCCCUCCUGCUAAGGGCGCUGCAGGACCGAGCGAGUGCGGCGGAGCAGCAGAGGCGCCGCGCGAAGGGAGGCGGCCGGCUUUGUCGCGGACAGUCCUCGCCCGCCGAGCCUCGCCCGAGCAGCGCCCGCUCCGGCUGCCUCCGCGCCAGGUGGAAGCGCUCAUGCAGCCGCCAAGGGAGAGCCUAGUGGUUAAAGCUGAAGCUGGAUGGAUGGGUAUGGGGAGAGGGGCAGGAGCGAAAGCCCUGGCACUGAUGCAAACCCUCUUUGUCUCUCUCUGCGUCUUCCCGACAGGGAUGUCUCCGUGCAGAAUCAUGAAGUGCAACUCCGAGUUCCUGGCGGCCACGUCAGGGCCUCACCCCCAGGCCGCUGAGGAGGCCCCCGAGUUCUGCACGGCCCUGCGCGCCUACGCCCACUGCACCCACCACACGGCGCGUGCCUGCCGAGGAGACCUGUUCUACCACUCGGCCGUGCACGGCAUCGACGACCUCAUGGCCCAGCACAACUGCUCCAAGGACGGGCCCACCGCGCCGCCCCGCCUGCGCCCGCCGCCCCGCGGGGACAGCCAGGAGCGCUCCGACAGCCCGGAGAUCUGCCACUACGAGAAGAGCUUCCACAAGCACGCGCCUGCCCCCAACUACACCCACUGCGGGCUGUUCGGAGACCCCCACCUGAGGACUUUCUCGGACACUUUCCAGACGUGCAUGGUCCAGGGGGCGUGGCCCCUCAUAGACAAUAACUACCUGAAUGUGCAGGUGACCAACACACCUGUCGUGCCCGGUUCCAUAGCGACUGCCACAAGCAAGCUCACCAUCAUCUUCAAGAGCUUCCAGGAAUGCGUGGACCAGAAAGUGUACCAAGCCGAGAUGGACGAGCUCCCAGCGGCCUUCGCAGAUGGCUCCAAGAAUGGGGGAGACAAGCAUGGUGCCAACAGCCUGAAGAUCACGGAGAAGGUGUCUGGCCAGCACAUCGAGAUCCAGGCAAAAUACAUUGGCACCACCAUCGUGGUGAGGCAAGUUGGCCGCUACCUCACCUUUGCCGUGAGGAUGCCCGAGGAGGUGGUGAAAGCUGUGGAAGAUGGAGACAAUCAGGGCCUCUACCUCUGUCUCCGGGGCUGCCCUCUCAACCAGCAAAUAGACUUUCAGGCCUUCCAUUCCACGUCUCAGAGCACGGAGAACCGGGUCCGCCGAAAAGGCCUGAGCCUGCCAUCCCCACCGGAGGCCUUCACCUAUGAAAUGGCCACAGCCAAGUGCAGGGAGAAGCUGCCGGUGGAGGACUUGUACUUCCAGUCCUGCGUCUUCGACCUCUUGACUACAGGCGACGUCAACUUCACCCUUGCUGCUUACUAUGCCUUCGAGGACGUCAAGGUGCUCCACUCCGACAAAGAGAAGGUGCACCUGUACGAGAGGACACGAGAGUUUGGGCCAGGCAACGAGGCCGCCUCGGAGCCGUCCGGGUCGCUCCUCCUCCAGCUGGUGGCGGCGCUGUGCUUGGGUGGAUGCGCCACCCUCUUCUUAUAG